UUAACACGUUGUAAUUAUAACUGUUUUAUAUAUUUUUUGUUUCACAACCGCAAAAAACAUGUGUUUACACAUUGUUGCUACAAUAGUCUUUUAAAAGGAGAAAUAGCGUCAAAAAGACUGUUGGGCAACGUAUACCGAAAUUUGGAGUAAGUACAUCGAAAAUGAAGGCUGCUAUGGAGCGUACUAAAAUAGUGCCGGACGUGGUAAGCACGGCUCCGGAAGAUAUGUUGAACAUCCACUACAAGAGCGGGGCUGUCGUGAGCAUGGGGAACGAGCUGACGCCGACCCAGGUGAAGAACCAGCCGGACGUUGGAUGGAAGGACGCCGACGAGAACAGCCUGUACACCCUGGCCAUGGUGGACCCGGACGCGCCGAGUCGCGAAGCACCCAAAAUGCGCGAAUGGCAUCAUUGGCUCGUGGUGAACAUACCGGGGGCGGACGUCGCCCAGGGCGAAACGAUGAGCGAGUACAUAGGCGCUGCACCGCCCAAAGGUUCUGGCCUUCACAGGUACGUCUUCCUCCUCUACAAGCAGCUUGGGAAGUUGAAGUGCUCCGAGCCAAAACUGACGAACAAGUCCGGCGAGAAAAGGGGUAAGUUCUCGAUAGCCCAGUUCGCCAAGAAGUACAACUUGGACGGACCCAUCGCUGGAAACUUCUUCGAGGCGAAAUUCGACGACUAUUGCACCGUUAUCCAAAAACAACUAAGUAAGAAGUAAGUCCGCAUUUAUAGUCGCAUCACUACGAUUUUUUCCAAUUACAUUGCUUGCUUGAAACGUUUA